ACCUCCCUGCAUUAAGUCAUUAGCGCACAUUUUGUCACAAGGCUCUUCACCGUCUCGUUUAGAAUAAUUGGAAAAAUCGAUCACUCUUAAUAGGGUGGCGGGGGUGGGGUGGGGGUCACUCAAAGUGAUACAAACGCGAUUAAGUCGCUCGUUCGCAGCUGAUGAGUAUCGUGACGUCGACCUGGCAACAAGCAGUGUAGAUAACUCCAUUGCAAGUUGCUCAACAAAACGAGCGCUGCAACAAACUGCACGUUCCAAAUGGCUUGCACUUAUCUUUUUACUUUUAUCUCAGCUGUUGUCGCAAACACGUGACAUCACUUUUCUUCAGAGAGGAGGACGCGCGUACGCGGGAGGUUCGGAAAGGAAAGGAAGGAGGGGAGGGGGGGGGGUGUCGUUGUCGUGCACGCGCCUCAUCUUCUUCUCCAACGGCUGGCGAAAAUGAUUGAAACAAUUUGUCGGAGCCGGAAAGGUGAGCGGAGCAAGACAAACGGCAUCAAAGUCAACUUUGAAAAGAUCACCCCUCGAAAAACGACUAAGAUGAAAAACAAGUGACUGCACAAGUCGUUGGUAUUAAACCGGAAACGGGAGAGGAGAGUGGUUCGCUUAUUGUUUCUUUCCUCUUAAAAAAAAAACAAAAAACAAAAAAAACUUGUUGACGGUUAAGUCGUUGUUUGGACCCUGAACGCACCACAGAUACGCCCAAAACGUCUCUCAUCGAGGCGCGAGUGCUGUGGCUAGAACGUUGCAAAGAAGAAUUUUUGGACAGCUUCCUGUGUUAGAAGUUGGCUACAGACCGCACACUAAAAUCUGCAUGACAGUCAGUGUUGUUCACCUUGAACGUGCGUAUAACGUCAUGAUUUUUUGCCCUGCUUGACAAUUUUCCGGGGGAGUGUUUAGUGGAGAGCACAUGAUGCUGACUGCAACAAGUGUAUAGUAUGAGCAUGACCAUCUCUUGUCGUUUUUGAACGUUUAUCGACAAAUUGACGGCCACCGUUUGAUGACGUCACCAAUCAAUUACAACAUCACUUUGGUGCCCAGUGAUCUGUACUGCACCGUUGCGCCAUCCCACUAUGCCAACCCAGUCUCUGCAGCAGUUUGUGGAGAGCCCAGAGGGACUUACCCAAGACAGUUUGAUUAGCAACAGCGCCAGCGUCCCAGAGUCUGGCUCAAGGAUGACACCUCACGCCACCUACCCCUCAAAAACUGUGGGACAAUAUGGAGCGAAUGAUUUGCCAUCUUGCAUGUUUUGUGACCAGACGUUCAAUCACCAGGAUGAAGUGGGGCACCACGUUUUGACACAGCACCCCACCACUUUUUUUGAGCCAGCCGUCCUCAGAAUUGAAGCAGAAUUUAGGAUCCCGGGGCAGAGGCACCACCCUAAACCAAACAGCUUUACGGAGGACAAAGAGGAGCUUCACACAUGUAUUGUGUGUGGCUUGGUGUCACAUGAUGCUGGUGAGCUGGAGACCCACCUGAGGAAGCACAAGGAUUACUUCACCUAUUGCUGUAAUGUGUGUGGCCGGCGGUUCAGAGAACCCUGGUUCCUCAAGAACCACAUGAAGAUGCACGGGAAAUCAGGAGGCAAGAGCAAGGCUCUGCAAGACCAGGAGGUCCCUGUCACCGUCAACGGUGUCAUUCGAGAGCCCGUGUCAGAGCCUGUUGUCACUGCCUACAAGAUGUGCAUGGUUUGUGGGUUUUUCUUCCCAGACCACAGCAGCUUGGUGGAACAUAGUAAAGUACACAAUCGAGAGGUGGUUCCUGGCAAAGAUGAAGGCUCUCAUUGUAAGGGAACAACUGCUGAACCUCUGACCCAACAAAGUUUUCUUUCCAGUCUCAAUCUUAAGCCUUGUCCUGCAGGCAAGUCUCUGAAACCAGAAAGAACGUCAAAAUGGAUUCCUCAACUGGAUCCCUAUAACACAUUUCAGGCCUGGCAAUUGGCCACCAGGGGUAAGAUUGCAGCUGGUCCCGUUACUAUGAAAGAGAUGGGCGCGGAGGCCAGCACGGACAACGAAGACUGCAGCUCUGAUAAGGAGCAGAUGAGCACUACCUAUUAUGAUGGUCAACGAGACAAAAAUAUAAGAGAGGUUAUCAGAAGACAACUAAAAUCUCAGCAGCAGGUCGCGCCACCAAUCUCGGAACCACAAGUACCACAGCGGAGGUCGCUCAUGCAAAGGCGCAAAGAUAAUGAGAGGCCCACCACAUGCGAGGAAUGUCAACGGACCUUCAAGACCUACCACCAGUUAGUGCUUCACUCCAGGGUACACAAGCGUGAGGGAGGCGGAGAGGAGAGCCCCACCUCAUUGACUGAUGGAACAUUGCCCAGAGCAGGAUCAGCAGCCCGUAGCGAGGACCUAACUGAAGAAAGCGUCGACGCGGGUGAAGUUGGCGUCUACCAACCUAAAGACCGAAGACCGAAACACUGCAGCUACUGUGGCAAAUCAUUUCGCUCAAGCUAUUACCUCACAGUACACCUGAGAACACACACAGGUGAAAAGCCCUACAAGUGUGUUUAUUGUGACUAUGCCGGCGCCCAGAGGACAUCCCUGAAAUAUCACAUGGAACGGCGCCACAAGGACAAUCUUUCCGUAGAGAUCCCGAGCAAACCAGUUACUCCGCUACUUUCUCCGAGCGACAGGAAGGAAAAUUCAGCACUGAAAAGAUCCAAACCUUGGCUUCCUGUGGACAAGGGAGAGCUGCAGGAUAAGUUGCAAAGUCCUGAUGGCAAACUUGACAAAGGGGCUGUCCAGAAUGAUAACGAGCACGAGAAAGUAAUUGCUGAUCAAGCUUUCAACCCAACGGAGAAUGUGACCAUAAAUUGCCCUGAAGCUGUUAAUCAGAAGGUGGAAAAGGAGGAGAUAAAAGAUGAGAACUGUGAGGCCCCAUUAAAUCUGUCCUUAAAAGUAUGUCGCUCUGUCCCUGCCAGCACACAACCCAGAAAUGCAUUAAUUCCAUCUGUGUGUUCAUUUUGCACAUAUGAAACCAUCCACCCAGAGGUUCUGAUAAUGCACAAAAGGCUGACUCACAAAGAUAAGUGGGAUGGUGGAAGAAAGAAUACUUCUGACAAACAGAGACGCCUCACAGGCUGCCCACCUGCGCUCCAAGGAAAAGACGUCACCCCGCUUGCUAUGAUUGACAGGCGCCACCCUCGGCGAACCAAGUCCCCACCCCGUCAAUGGAGAAAACCCAAAGAAAUUGCGCCUGGCAACGUACUUUGUACCCCAAAGCUGAUCCACACGCCUGUUUACGCUGGUCACCACAAGCGAAAGAGUUUCACCCUCAAUGAUGAGUCGCACUCUGGUCGUGAGUCUCCUCAUGUAACGGACCAGGUGAGGAAGUCUAGCCUGCCCGGAAUGUACCAGACCAAGCAAUCGCCAACCUUCACCAAAGUUGCAGCUGCUGAGAGAAGUUUCCCCCGGAGAAGCACAGCCAUGUGGGGAUCGGAUGCCGCCCACCGGUUCCUGUCUAGCCAGUUCGGGACCCUGCCUCAUAUUGGUGAGCCAUCCAGCAAGAGGCUCAAGCAAACUUUACCUGCAGGGGACCCCACCUCCGGAGGACCACCACCAGGGGAUGGACCAAUCACGCUGCGUCUCCAAGGGAGCAGCGUAAAAUGUAUUUCGGAAGGGAUCCGUCCACCUGCGGACAUCUUAACUCCAAUAAAGAGCGUGGAUAUUGGAAAUCUGGAUGCUGACUGGAACAUGAUGAACCUGCUGCGUGCCUGCACCCCCAACAACCUGGCAUCACUUUACCAUGGUGUCCCGGCAAGCCCAAACAUCAUGGGACUGACUAACCCAAGAGCAGGGAGCAGGAGCAUGCUUUUCCAACACUUAACCGGUCUACCCAGCCUGCCGAGGAGAGAUCUCUCAGCGCCUGUCCCUAAUAAACGCUAUGGGACCUCUGAUAAUACGACAUAAAAAAGUUAAAGCGCACUGAAGGACUUGUAUUUCUCCACCUGCUGCCUGACACAAAUGUGCCCUUUUGAAAAUGUGAAAUUAUUUUCAUGCUGCUACUUUAUUUUGGAGACUUAUGUGUCGAGAAUUGUUUUUUUUUUUUUUUUUUUUUUCUCGUUUGUUUUGGGACUGAAAAACAUGCACUCAUAUUUGCUGGACCAGAAGCUUCCAUUCCUGUUUGACCCACACUACUGUUCAUCUGUGUUUACCAUAUAACAUUUGUGUUUUUUCAGCACAUAGAAAUAUCUAGUAAACCUUUGCUGUUCGAAAUGUCGCUCCUACGUUCAAUAAUUAAGCACCUCUCCUGAAGCACUGACCGGUGCGAUCAUAAUGUCAAACCUUUGAUGCACAAGGUGGGACUUUUGGGUUAAGUACAAUUAGCAUGGUACAUCAUUUUUUUUUUUCUUUAUACGCAUGUUGUGCUACUUGAUUGUCUGAUUGACUGAGGAUGUUCACUCAGUUGGGGUGUUACCGUUCUUCAAAUUGCCCUUAAAUCCACGUUUGUGUUAUAUGGCACAUUUUCAGUCACUUUUCAGAUUUUGGAGACUCAUGAAAGUCCUAUUUAGUUUCAAAGAGUAGAUGUCCUUAAGAGCCUGUUAUCGCUAAAGUUGAAUAGGUUUGUCAAGGCCAAACAUAACAAAAUCAGACAUGACAAAGACUAGUGGAAUUAAUUUGUGAAUGUUAAUAAAAUAUCUCAGGCAAAGUCAGAUUUACAACCGGUUGUGCUACCUUGAAGAUCUGAUAAGUUGUUUUGUUUCACAAUUUGUAUCAAAUGAAAAGUAUUGUUUGAGAGCUGUAUUACAUAAAAUAAAACAAGGCCAAGAGGUCCACGGUAA